GAGCCCCGGGCCCGCGGGCACCCCGGCGGGUUCCGCCUGACGGAGCGGCGCGGAGCUUGCCUGGUCACUAUGAACCAUGGCCCAGCUAUACUACAAAAAAGUGAACUUCUCCCCGUACCGAGACCGGAUCCCGCUGCAGAUCGUGCGGGCGGAGGCAGAGCUCUCGUCGGAAGAGAAAGCCUACCUCAGCGCCGUGGAGAAGGGCGACUACGCCAGCGUGAAACACGCCCUGCAGGAGGCAGAGAUCUACUACAACAUCAACAUCAACUGCAUGGAUCCCCUGGGGCGCAGUGCCCUCCUCAUAGCCAUAGAGAAUGAGAACCUGGAGAUCAUGGAGCUGCUGCUGAGCCACAGCGUCUACGUGGGGGAUGCUCUGCUCUACGCCAUACGGAAGGAGGUGGUGGGAGCUGUGGAGCUGCUGCUCAAUUACAGGAAGCCCAGUGGGGAAAAACAGGUUCCAACCUUGAUGAUGGACACGCAGUUCUCGGAGUUCACUCCGGACAUCACCCCGAUCAUGCUGGCCGCCCACACCAACAACUACGAGAUCAUCAAGCUGCUGGUGCAGAGAAGGGUGACGAUCCCACGGCCACACCAGAUCAGGUGCAACUGUGUGGAAUGUGUCUCCAGCUCCGAGGUGGACAGCCUGAGGCAUUCCAGGUCAAGGCUGAACAUCUACAAAGCCUUAGCCAGCCCUUCUCUGAUUGCCUUAUCCAGCGAGGAUCCCAUCCUGACUGCAUUCCGGCUGGGCUGGGAGCUGAAGGAGCUGAGCAAGGUGGAAAAUGAGUUCAAGGCUGAGUAUGAAGAGCUCUCUCAGCAGUGCAAGCGUUUUGCCAAGGACCUUUUGGAUCAGGCACGGAGUUCUCGGGAGCUGGAGAUCAUUCUCAAUCACAGGGAUGAUCAAAGCGAAGAGCUGGAUCCCCAAAAAUGUCACGAUUUGGCAAAGCUGAAGGUAGCAAUAAAGUAUCACCAGAAAGAGUUUGUUGCUCAGCCCAACUGCCAGCAGCUGCUGGCCACGCUUUGGUACGACGGCUUCCCCGGCUGGAGGAGGAAACACUGGGCAGUGAAACUGCUGACCUGUGUCACCAUUGGACUGCUUUUCCCUGUGCUCUCCGUGGCAUACCUGAUUGCACCCAAGAGCAGGCUGGGACUGUUCAUUAAAAAGCCAUUUAUCAAGUUUAUCUGCCACACUGGAUCUUACCUGACCUUCCUGUUCAUGCUCCUGCUGGCGUCGCAGCACAUCGUCAGGACUGACCUGCACAUGCAGGGGCCACCCCCCACCAUCGUGGAGUGGAUGAUCCUGCCCUGGGUUCUAGGUUUCAUCUGGGGAGAAAUCAAGGAAAUGUGGGAUGGUGGAUUCAAUGAGUACGUACAUGACUGGUGGAAUCUGAUGGAUUUUGCAAUGAACUCCCUCUAUCUUGCAACCAUCUCCCUUAAAAUUGUUGCCUAUGUCAAGUACAAUGGAUCUCGCCCGAGGGAGGAGUGGGAGAUGUGGCACCCGACCCUGAUUGCAGAAGCUCUCUUUGCAAUAUCCAACAUCCUCAGCUCCCUGCGCCUCAUCUCCCUGUUUACAGCCAACUCACACCUGGGGCCCCUGCAGAUCUCUCUGGGACGCAUGCUGCUCGACAUCCUCAAGUUCCUUUUUAUCUACUGCCUGGUGCUUCUGGCUUUUGCCAAUGGACUGAACCAGCUCUAUUUUUAUUAUGAGACCAGUGCCUCGGAGGAACCCAACAACUGCAAGGGGAUCCGAUGUGAGAAACAGAACAAUGCCUUCUCCACACUUUUCGAGACCCUCCAGUCACUCUUCUGGUCUGUGUUUGGGCUGCUCAAUCUCUACGUCACCAACGUGAAAGCCAGACACGAGUUCACAGAGUUUGUUGGGGCCACAAUGUUUGGGACCUACAAUGUCAUCUCCCUGGUUGUGCUGCUGAACAUGCUCAUAGCCAUGAUGAACAACUCCUACCAGCUCAUUGCUGACCACGCGGACAUCGAGUGGAAAUUCGCACGGACCAAGCUCUGGAUGAGUUACUUUGAUGAAGGAGCCACUCUGCCCCCUCCUUUUAACAUUGUCCCCAGCCCCAAGUCGGUCUGGUACCUCUGCAAGUGGAUCCACAACCAGCUGUGCCCAGGUGAUGACUCUGAUGAUGAGCAGAAGAGGCACGAGAACCUCAAAACAUUCACAGAACGACACGCUGACAACCUGAUUCAGAAUCAACAUUACCAGGAAGUGAUAAGAAAUCUUGUGAAAAGAUACGUCGCUGCAAUGAUAAGAACUUCCAAAACCAACGAAGGUUUAACUGAAGAAAACUUCAAGGAAUUAAAGCAGGACAUCUCAAGUUUUCGCUAUGAAGUUCUUGACCUCCUGGGCAACAGGAAGCCCCAGAGGAGAAGUUACUCCACCAGCAGCACAGAGGUGUCCCAAAAGGAUGAAACAAACGAGGAUGGUGCUGGAGAAAAAUCCAGAGCCAAGAGCGUGUCUUUCAAUGUAGCCAACAAAAAAAAGGACUUCAACGUGUCUGCUCUGAUUAAAACCAUGUCUGGGAUCAACAUGGUGGAAGAGAAGCCAAAAAGCAACGGGAUCAGCAAGCGCUCCUUUGUGAGGAACGGGAACAGAGUGCAGAGACUCUCCAGCUCCAAGAAGGAAUCCUUCAAGAGGCUGGGGCUGCUCUUCUCCAAGAUGAACGGCCACGUCCCCGAGCCCAGCUCUGAGCCCAUGUACACCAUCUCAGACGGCAUCAUCCAGCCACACUACAUGUGGAAAGACAUUAAAUAUUCUCCCAUGGACAGAGAGAGGGAAGAGAAUUGUUCCAAAAGUGAAAUUAACCUCAAUGAGGUGGCCUACAGUGGGAACACGAGACUUACAGGACAGAGCAAGGAGUGCCCUGUGGUUUGUACCAGCUCCCUUCACUGUGCUUCCAGUAUUUGCUCCUCUAACUCCAAACUUAUAGACUCGUCAGAGGAUGUGUUUGAUUCAUGGGGAGAGGCCUGUGACUUGUUUAUGAACCAGUGGAAAGAGGGGCAGGAGGAUCACGUUACCACUCGGCUCUGAGCAAAGCUCUCUUGACUCUCACUGGAAAACUCAGCCAAGUAUUGGUAAUUGUUUGCUCUCAUCUGGUUCAGCAUCACUGUUUCCUUUUCUGUCCACAGGUGAAAAAAAAGUGUAAACUUCCUUAUGUUACAGCCUAUUUUAUAGCCUUCUGCACCUUUUUUAAUUUACUUUUUUUUUACACUCACUAAUACUAAACUAAUGGUUUCACCAUUUGAAAGGUUGCCAUAAACCACAGGAAUCCCUUUGGAUGCAGUCUUAGUCUCCAAACCCCACAGACUUCAGGCAUGCAGGUGGCUGAGGAAAGGAUUUCUCCAGUGCUCCCAUCACCAUCCCACCCCAGCUGGGUUUCAGUGCUGCUGUCCAACACCAUUGACUCUGCAUCCUGCUCAGUUUUCCUCAUCAACACAAACAGCUGUUGAGCAGGAGGCUGAGAAUCACACUGAAAGUAUUUUUUAAAGGGUUUCGACCUAUAACUGUUUUUUUUUUUUUUUUUUUUUUGUUUCUUUUAAGCAAUAUGACUUGUUUUUUCAGGCCACUAUAUUAAUAUUGUAAAUUAUUACUGAAUAUGAGACCCCUUUGAUCAUCCACCUGGAACAUGCUUUUGUUUUUGCUUAUUUACCUAAUUUCCCUUUUGGGGAGCAGAAGGACCUUCCAAUUAGGCUGACAGUGGGAGCCAGCACCUGGCCCUGCCUCCAACUCCUGUGUAGAUGAACUGAAAAGAAAACAACCCAAAACAACCCUGGCUGCUUGAAAUACAAACCUCAGAGUCGUUUCUAAACCAAAACCCAGCUCUAAGCCUUGCCCUUAUUUCACAGUCCCUAAUUUUACUUCCAGUGCUGCAUUCACUUUUUGCUGCCUCUCUGAUGGGUGUCAGGGGAUCCAUCUCCUGGGGUAGAGCAUCUUCCCUGGGCCCUGAGCUGCAGGACUGAAAAGCAGCUUAAGCAAGAGCAGCCAGCUGCUGGAACAGCUCUGCAGGUCCUGCUCUGAGGUGCAGCAAAAGGAGUGUGCAGGAGGGGGGAUCUUUCAUUAUCCUUUAUUUCCCUGGCUGUGGGAGUGUCACUGCUGCUCUCCCAAGGAGCAUCAGAGGAGGGAAAAAAGGACAACCCCAUCAAGGGCAAGGUGGUUGAAUUCUUAACAGGGAUUUUUAGGGAGUUUUGUUUCAAUUUUAUAACAAUGGGGUACUUGAAAUUUCUUCUGCAGUGAUGCUAAGAAACACAGAUGAUUGGCACUCAGCAUCACCUCAGAGCUGUUCUGGGUCAGCUGCAUCCUUGGAUGGAGCAGGUCCUGCCCAGGAGCUCGGGAAUGGUUUAAUUCCUGCAGGGUUUUGCUCCCAGGAGGGGUUUUGUGAGCUCCAGUGAUUCCCCAGCAGUCACCUCACCUGGGAGCUGGGCUGUGAGUUGCCUCUGGAGAAAGGUGAUGCUGGAAAAUCUACACCUGCCACUGCAGCAGGUUUCAGCAGCAAGGGGCAGGAGCAGCUCUGCUGGCAGGAGCAGAGGGAUGAGAGAUGCUGGAACACCUGGAUACUCUGCCCGAGUUUUAAACCUGGCUCCCUCCUCUUGGGAGGGAAAACUCCCCUUGUGGGGUUUUUCCCUGGGGGCACCUUCACCCAGGAGAUGGAGCACAAAGAGAAAUGUGAGUGCUGCAGCAGCUCCUGGGGCAGAGCUGAGGUGCCAACACCCUGAACUGGUGGAAAUGUUCAGUGCAGACCUGUGUGGCUCCAGGGCAGCCCUGGUGUUGAGAUAAGGGGCAGAGACUCAAAACCACUUCUGUAUUCCUUGCUUGUAAUGACAGCAUUCUUGAUACCAGCAGGGAGUGUAAAACCCCAAAUAUUUAAGCCUCUGGGUGUGUUAGUUAAGGCAGAGUGAAAGGCAUUUUUGUAUCAACAGAUUUCAGGCUUUCACACUAAUUGCAGGGUUAGAGUUGUCUUUGAAAACUGCAUUUCCUCUUCCCUCAUGGAAGGCUGAGCAAACUGGCAUUGGUGGUACAUGAGGAGAUUGCAAAACCCCAGGGUGGGGAGCAGCUUGCUGAUCAUUCCAUGGGGAAAUCAGGCACCCAGGCUGGAGGAGCAAAUCCAUGGAGAGGGGAGAGCCACAGAACCCACCAGGGCAAUUCUCACAAUAAAAACCCCACAAGAAACCAAACCUUGCACAUUUCAGCAAGGAUAAACAUCAGCAGGAGCUGCUACAGGGGGGGACAAUUCCAAUCCUUGGAUGCUUCACCUAACCCAGGCUGCAGCCUGUGAGCUCUACUUGACGUGGGGCCAGAGAAUCUUUGUGGCAUUUCCUGGGUAAGGAGGAAGAAUGAAAACAACUCGAGUACAGUUAUGCAGAUUACAUCAACUGGGCUUGAAACCAGGCCAGAAAUUGGGUUUUAUGUCCUUGGACAGAGGAGAGGAUUUGAAGUGUUCAGUGAGAACAAGCACACAGCCGCUGGUGACGCUCACACGCAUCACCAGGUACAAACAACACAAAGAAAUGGAAUUAACUCUGCAGUGCUGCCCCCAAAAAUGCAAAAAUCC